UUGCAGCUCCGCCGCCCACCUCUGCGCAGGCAGCACCUUGGGCAGCGAUGGCGCCGCAGUCUCCUUGAUGUUUCUGCUGCAGUGGCAGGGAGCUCUGCUCCUGGAAGCGGGGUCUGAGACGCCCAUUAGUGCCAAGCGGAGCCUGGAGUGGGGGCCUGGAAUAGAAGUAAGGAGCGUUCUUCCAGUCAGGUCUUUUUAUCUCCAAGCAGUGAACUCUGCGGAGCAAAAUCUCUCCCGCUCUGCCGCAGGACAAUUACCAUUCAAGGUUGGAAUCAGACCACUUUUACUACAAGAGUUAGUCCACAUUCAUAUCCCUAACUCUUUGGGCAGAAAGGAUAGCUCAUUCCUGAUAAGGCACCAGACAUAUGAGAGUGUCAAAGACAAGCUAAAGAAAAAUGUGUUUUAUAGUGAAGAGCACAUGGCUCAGUCUCCACACAUUUUGAAACAACCUGUGUAUCAUAAGUACUGUGAAUGCCGGGAAGAGAAUCCUCAGACCUGGCAGAAAACUUUUUCAUGUUCAAUCAAGGAGACUCAGAGUGCAAAGGACUUUGCCUCCUUCCCUAGCACUCAUCUUCAGUAGAUGCUAAAUGAAGUCCCGGCAAGGUUUGGUGACAAGAUUGUUCACUACACUGUUUUCAAUAAGCAUGUCUACCAGUAGUCUAAAAAGAAGGACACCGAGUUCAAAGUGUUCUCAGAUGAAAUGUUGCUGUCACUAGCAACAAAGGUCCUCCUAACUCCAGGAUUACAAUUUUAUGUCAAUGUUGGAGUUUGAGCAGUCAAACAUCGAGAACACAAUAAGACCCCACCUCUACCUCUACCUAUCAUUUCAUUUGGCUCAAUGGAUUUAAGUGAUAUCAUCCUUCCAACAUAUGAUAUUACUAAUUCAACAACUGAAACAUUGAGAAGUGUUACUAAUGAUAUCUUCUCUAUCCAGGGAAAUACAGGUCCUGUCUGGAACACUAAAACAUAAAAGGCUUUUUUCACAGGCAGAGACAGCAAAGACGGAUGUCCUAAAUUAGUGCAGCUGUCCAAGGAAAAUCCAGAAUUACUCAAUGCAAGAAUUACUGGAUAUCUGUUUUUCUAAGAAAAGGAAAAAGAGCUGCAAGAGUAAAAUAUAAAGGGAAUGACAAUUAAAAUGCUGGGGGUUUUUUUUAAUAUUUUCCAGUAUAAAUAUCAAGUGAAUGUGGAUGGUAUGGUAGCUGCUUAUAGAUAUCCAUAUCUCACGGUGGGCAACCGUCUGGUUCCAAAGCAGGACUCCUCAUACUAUGAGCACUUCUACACAAAGCUAAAACCAUGGAAACAUUACAUUCCAUACAGAAAUCUUAGUGAUUUAUUAGAGGAUCAAUGGGCCAAGGAAAACAAUGAAGAAACUAAGAAGAUUGCAAAAGAAGAAUUAGUUGCUAGAGAGCUGCUCCAGCCCCGCAGACUCUACUGCUACUAUUACUGAGUACUUCAGAAAUAUGCUGUGCUUCAAUCCAGCAAGCCUGAAAUCCAUGAUGGGAUGGAACUUAUUUCUCAGCCAAAUGAGACAGCAUUGCUGUCUUGCUACCGCCACAGGAGAAAGCCAUUGAAGACAGAGCUUUAAAGAUAUCCCAGAAACAUAGUCCUAUGUGUCCCAGAUACAUCUUUGAUAGAAGCAUUGAAAUAGAAUUGAAGUUAUGAAAAACAGCAGAGAAUUUCCACUGGCUAAGUUAAGUUGGUGGCAGAAAGCUAUGUGUUGUAGCAGAAAUAGGACGGGGCGUGCAGUCAGGAGACCAGGAUUUCAAAACUUGCUCUGUGAACACCCUAUCACCUUAUCUCAGUGAGCCUCAACCUCUUCAUGAUGCAAUGGCAAUAAAUAUAUUAACACUACUCACCUCAGAGGGUUUUUGUGAUAAAAAUCACUUUGCAAACCCAAAAGUGCAUAGUAAAUGUAAAUUGUUUCUUCUAGUCAAUAAGCAUUUAUUAAGU